AGUAAGAAAGAAGAGACGGUCAUACGGAGAGGAGACAUCAAUGCACUUUUCAAGGGUGCGGGAAGAAGGAAUAUUACUCUUCAGGAUAGCUACAGUCUCAGGCUGUUUGAGCGGAUGCUGGACCAAAAUAUGUCAGGCUCUAAUCUAGAUUUCAUGUAUUAUGAGUGUCCUAAAGAUGAGUUCAAACCGAAUUUCGGAUCACUCUUACCUCUGUGGAAUCUGUCUAAUCGCGAAACAAAAAGAAUGCUAGUGAGUAGCUUAUGUUGGAACAAUCACUACCCAGACCUCUUUGCUGUGGGAUUCAGAGACAAUGGAGAGCAAUUAGUGGAUGAGAUGGAGGAAAGAGGAUUGGUGUAUGUUUACAGUUUAAAGGGACCUUCUUUUCCGGAACGAAUCGUUAGGUGCGCAUCCGGAGUCUGCAGUGUACUAUUCCACACAUCUUUACCUCAAAUCGUGAUCGUAGCUCUGACUAGUGGUGAUCUAGAACUCUACGACCUUUCGAAAACCCCAAUUGCUGUGAGAGAGUCUAAGUUUGGCACGCAUUUUCACGAGGAUACACUCUGUGAAGUCCAGUGGUUACCCGAUAAACUUCCGCAGAAACUGUGUUCGAUAUCCAAAGAUGGAACCAUUAUCAAUUGGCUGAUUUUCAUGAACAACCUUAUUCCUGACGAAGUGGUAGCCAAUCUGAGUAUUAAAGAAUGGCCCCUAAGGGAACCACCUAAAGGACUGGAGAUGGCUGUGAAACCUAAACAUCCUCUUAGAGAUGCUUUACCAGCUAACAGUAUAGGAAUGUCUGUGUCUGUGAAUCAGCAAAGUGCAUCAUUGUUUUUGGCCAGCACAGUCUCGGGUUUGAUACAGGAAUACACUUUUGAGGAUAAGACAUGCAAGACUGUUUUUGAUGAGCACAGCAGUUCUGUGAGGAGUGUGCGUUGGAAUCCCUUUCAUCCAGAUGUGUUUAUCUCCUGCAGCAAUGAUUUCACUGUACUAGUGUGGGAGCACACGCACAAACAGCCUCUGUUCGAAUUCUUUUUCGACAGACAAUUGAAGGAUGUUUCGUGGGCACCAUUUUCUUCCUCUUUAUUUGCAGCCAUAUCAGGAAACGCUGUUGUGAGCGUGUUCGACCUGGCCCUUAAUAAGGUGGAGGCAAUUGGAACGUAUGCUGUUUACACACCAAAGCAAAAUAUAAACUUGACGAAAGUUCUGUUUCAUCCCACAAUGCCAAUACUCAUCGUUGGAGACGAAAAAGGAUCUGUAAUCAUUCUAAAGCUAUCGCCAAAUAUCCGUUCUUCAUUAAAGGAUCUGAACACUGAGGAGUUUGUGAGCAGAGAAAGAGAGAAAAUGGAAAGGCUCUUGAAGGUUAGCAUCAGACCUGCUUUGUGACAUGUCUUUCUUAUUUAAACCCCUUUUAUCUUAAUAAAGGAACAAUUCAAA